AACAUGAUUGGUUUGUGGAUUGUAGUAAAGCAAAUAUGGCGGCAAUCAGCACCAAACAGAUGCUCCUGCAGUUAAUAGAAGACACCGAAAUAAUAUCUAAGGAAAUUUUUGAAUUGAUGAGCACACCAAAACAACAACAGCGAGUCGAUGCACCUGAGACCCAAAAAUUGAUGGAACUUCUGGUUUUAAAAGAUAAAGAAAUAAAGGAGAAUCUGAAAAUAGCUGCAGAACAAGCAGAGAUACAGAAAACAGUAGAUGAACUGAAAACAGAAGUGGACAAACGUGAUGCAGAUAUUAGGAACCUUCAAAAGAAUCUCAAAGAAGCUGAAACAAUACUGUCCACAGCUAUUUAUCAAGCCAAACAGAAAUUAGAAGCCAUUAGACAAGCAAACAACAAGACCAUAGCUUCAGAAGAAUUAAUCAAAUUUGCACAUCGGAUCAGCGCCAGUAAUGCAGUAGCUUCUCCACCUACCUGGACCCCAGGUGAUCCGAGGAGGCCAUACCCUACUGACUUUGAAAUGAGACUCGGAUUCCUUGGAAAAUGCAGUGGAGACUUACCAAUCAAUGGUCAACAGUUACAGUCACAGGGGUCGUAUGGAGAACCGAUGUCCAGUAAUAGGACGUCCGCGGUAUUAGGGGAACCAACAUCUGCGAGUACACCCUCCUCCGUAUCAUCGUGGCAACCAGCACCGGAGCUGCACCAUUCCUUGUCAACAGGAAGUGGAGGUGCGUCAGGUUUCCUGGCAGAGAUAAAGGGACAUAACAAGGAGAAUGAGGAUGUGGGAUUUAUGUCUAGUGACUCCUCUAGUAGUUCAUCGAGUGAUGAAUAAAAUGUGUGAUAUUUAUUGUCA